CAUCCUGAUCAGAAGCAUUCACUCACCCUUAUAAACGUACAUUGAUCAAAGUGUUGAUGUACCUAAAGGGCAAUGCAGAGUCUUUCACCUCAGCAAAUCCUACAUCCAAAUUUGCUCCCUCCCCCUCCCCUAGAUUUUUUUCAUUCGCUAUUCCAGCUGGGAGUUCUCCAUGGUGCUUGAAGGAAACACUGCGUUCCGCAAGGCGAAUCAGUAUUUUGGCUUUGGCUACGUUAACACACUUUACAGUGGCAGUAAUUGAUCGAUUAAUACGUAGCAUACAUUCACUAAUUUCCAUGGACAGUGGUAUGCAGCCUACACCACUCUCAAACCAAGUAAACGAACAAAAGUGAACAUAUGGAUUGACGAAAAAGUGAAUGUCAGUCCGUUACAACUGUAACAAUUCAGUUCACUGGUGCUAUUUCUGCGGCUUAAACCGGAACAUGAUUUGGCCUAUUUGUCGAAUUGAAGAAUAGCAUACAUGUGACGUCUUUCAGUGGGGAAAAUAAGUUGUUUCAUCAGGCAAGGAUUAGCCAAAUACCCUGUUGUACGGUAGGCUACAUGCUCGCAUUUGCUGUUUAAGAGUUUAUAUCAUUGGAAUCAGCUAAACAAAUCUUUAAACUAGCAUCAAACACGUGAAAAUACCACCAUUUUAAUGAUAUUAAUCAUUAACGGAACAGAAGGAAUUCUGCAGCUGGAACCUGGAUGCUGACACUACACUUCCCGUGAUGCUGAGAACGGGGACAGGAAGUGUCGUUUGAAAGCUGCACGGAUAAAACAGACGCAGAAGCUGGGAUAGAGAGUUACAUGAGAUGGGAACCUGCAGUGGUUGCGGUGGGACAGUUGGGGAUGAAACACUCAGGAGAUUUAUGUCCGAAACAUCGCACUGGACAAGAACCGAGAAGGCUUCCCGGCCGGCAUAAUUUACGUUUAAAUUUAACAAUAAAAACCUUUCUGUAGCCUAUGUAUGAUUCCUUAAUGGCCGAAGAAAGGGACGCUAAGGAGAGUUUCGACUGGGUAUCAUUUGGGUUUUUUGUGUACACUGUCCGUGAAACAAAUUUACCCUGAUGACACAUCAACCGGACUAUAAAGUGCAAAACAGGACAAGGAGUUUAAUCAUAACGUCGCCUUUGAGAACCACAGGAUGAUAACGAAGGAAAUGCUCCUCAGGAGCGUGCAUUUGGAUAGGUCAGUCAUUUAUAGCCUGCCUUUAAUCCUGUCAGUUCUAUUUAAACGCGGGCUUGUGUAACCGGCAGGUGGUAGACUAUGUCUCAUUUAUUUAUUUACAAACGGAUGCGUGUGAAGAUUUUUAUUUAUUAUUAUUCUCAGUUUGAGUCACUACUAGAUCAGAUGUUUUAGUUUGUACUCUUUCUCAGUUUGCAAGAAACUGAACGGUUAUACAGACUAGUCAUUCAGUACUCAUGGAUGUAGCUCGGAAAGGAACAUGUUCGUGCCAUCACACAACAAUUAUAGCCUAUUAUUACAUUUUGAGAAAAUGAAAUAUUUUAAAAUAGCCUACAGUCAGACAACAUCGAUAACAGCAAGAACCGAAGUGUGUGUCACCUUGGACGUCAAUGUCUAAAGACUGCAAUUAAAUGGAUGGGGAAAGGUGUAUUUCGAACAAAAAUGCAUGGGCUUUAUAAAAAAACAAAACAAAAAAAAAAAAAAACAAAAGAAAACAAAAACAAAUCAAAGACCAGAAAAUAUCGUUUCAAACGUCCCACAUAAUGCAUGGAGGAAGAUUUAAUCACAGACCCGAAACAGUCCAAUAUUACAAUCUUUUGUCUGUGCCAAACCGGAAAAAUUGACAAUAUACUGGCAUAAUUUUAAAUAAGAUGCUUUAUUUAAGUGCUAUAAAAAUACAACCCGUUUCGUUAUGCUGAGUGGAUUAUUCUUUUGGAUUAGGCUAUAUAGACCGGUGCCCAUUUCAAACUGUAGCAAGAAAUCUGAAACUCAGCGUCCAUAGGAAAAUAACCAAUAAGACCUUCUUGUGUGUGAUUUCACGGCGUACAUUCACAUAAAUCCAUGUGUCCUUAUCUUGGGGACGCCUGUGUGUACUUGUGGAACAUUUUUAUCUUUCGUGCAAUGGGCUGCCUUCAGAGCAUUCGGUGUAAACCCAAGAGUUUCCGUGAGAGUCUAAUCGUCCUCGAUGUGAACGCUUCAAUCGACUCUAACCGCACCAGUAUCGACGAAUCCUCGAAUGUGGUUCUUAGAUACCGGACCCCGCACUUCAGAGCCUCUGCGCGAGUAUUUGUGCCACGCGUGUCGGUAAAAGAGACCUGGACCAUAGGCUGGAUUCAAGCGUGCAAUCACAUGGAGUUUCACAACAUGUAUGGAAAUAAUGGCGUGUCGAGCUGGGAGCUGCCAGACCUCAGGGAUGGCAAAAUCCAGGCCAUCAGUGACUCAGAUGGCGUGAACUACCCCUGGUACGGCAACACCACAGAGACCUGCACCAUCGUGGGGCCCACCAGGAGGGACACCAAGUUCACGGUGAGCAUGAAUGACAAUUUCUACCCCAGCGUGACGUGGGGCGUGCCCAUCAGCGACAGCAACCUGCCCCUCCUCACUGGCAUUCGCCGAGACCAGAGCUUCACCACCUGGCUGGUGGCCAUCAACCAGGCGACCGGCGAGACGCUGGUGUUGCAAACCAUCCGCUGGCGGAUGCAGCUAUGCAUCCACAUAGACCCGGACAAGCCACUGGGCGAGAGGUCCAGUCUGGUGGAGCCCACGGCCCAGGAGCAGCCCCAGAUCCUGCCCAGGAACGAGCCAAUCCCAGCCAACGCCCUGGUCAAACCCAAUGCCAACGAUGCCCAGGUUCUCAUGUGGAGGCCGUAUAACAGAGAUCCCAUACUGGUCAUCCCACCCAAAUACUGACCUUUGACUUCUGCUCCCACUCCCGUCCACCAUCUUACCUCUACCAGGGUUUGUUCGGGUGCUUUUACAGACCUUUUUUUUUUAGAGAGGCUAUGAAAUACCAGGACACUGGAGGUUAAAGUAACAGUGGAAUCAAUCAUUUCAACCAUUCUACCUUUAAACGGGCAUCACUGUGCUAAAUUAAGUCAUUGCAAAAAAAAUUUUCUUUUUUUGCUUUGUUUUUGUGGAACAUUGCAUCUGUUGGACACUGGAUCACAGAUUGUCAUGUACAUAUAGAGAUAUCUUAUGAGUAUUUAUGGGCUGGAGGGAGAUAUUUUUCUUGAAAAGAUGUUAUGGUUGGGAAUCAUUUUUACUCAGUAUUUGGAAACAUAGAAUAAUGAAAAAAAAUACAUAUGGGAAUAAGCAAUAUUUAUUUAUUUAUUUAUUUAUAUUAUUUAUUUAUUUAUUUAUUUAUUUUUACAAGCAAGACAUUUGUUCAUGCAGCCUUACAUUUACAUUAUGUUUUAUUGACAUUUUUGCCUUAAAUUUUGUGCAGCUCUGCAACCCUCUCUAACUGAUCUGGAAGGGGAAGCUAUUUUGAUGGAGGUGAGGUGACAAAGGUGAUGAAGCAUGGCGCAUGGGUGAUAGAUGAGGACAUGAACACAAUGGAAUACUUUUAUAUAAUUUCCAGCAAAUAAUUUGCUGUGCAGAUCAACUUAUCUUUAGCUUACACUCAUUUAAUAUAUCAUUUAUCAUUGAUGGAAAUCAGACUCAGCCUAGGGUUGCCUCCUAGAAUUGAACCCACCUUCCCCUAGGUUACAGUCCCUGCUACUGCACUCAGCCACAAUAUUCAGGGUGAGGCCAGAAGUUAGGGGUCAAUUCAUGUGACCCUGUCCAAAAUAUACUGACCAAUCAGCAGUGUGCCAGCACUCAGUUUCCUUAAAGGACAAUCUUGUUGAUCUAUCCACUGUUGGAAGGUUUAAAAUGUUUAAAGUUGUAGUUCUCUGGGUAUUUAUUUUCUAGACCCUGCAUCCAGAACACUCCUCUGUGUUACCCACAGUUCCUUACACUCUUUUUGAUUGUAUUAGAUGUGGAUUGGACUUCAGUAAGUAGUGCUCAUGGGAUGACUGGGUUUUGCAAUAACCAACUUUUUCAUCAUUGGAAUAAUAAAUGUCACAUCGACCUUUC